UUUGUUUACAAGAUAUCGGGAAACUUAAAAAUUUGCUGCUGUAGCAAAAUAUAAUAUUUUCCGUAAUUAUGGAGAGUGACAGUGAUAAAGAAGAGAGUAUUUCAUCUACAGGCAAUGAAAGAAAGUAUAUUUCAUCUUCCGGAGAUCUGAAGUCUUACGGAUGGGGAGAUAUGCCAUUGCGUACAUACCAGAUUGUUGGAGUCAACUGGAUGAUAGAACGUUUCUAUCUUGGACAUGGCUGUAUCCUUGGUGACGAAAUGGGACUGGGGAAAACAUGCCAGACUAUAGCUGUGUUAGCCUACCUACAUACAAAAUGUAAGAAGAAACUUCCAAACCUUGUUGUCUGUCCUCGUUCUGUGCUGGAAAACUGGGAUCAUGAAAUCAAGAGGUUUGCACCAGGCUUGAGGUCUCAGGUAUAUAUAGGGGAGAAAGAAAGCCGGCAAGAUCUUGCCAAGGCCAUCAAAUCUGAUUACAAGAAAAACAACUUACAGUUUGAUGUUCUGGUUACAACAUAUGAGAUAUGCCUGAAGGACUCUGCUUUCCUGCAGUCUAUAAGGUGGAACCUGCUGGUUGUAGACGAAGCUCACAGGUUGAAGAAUCUUAACUCUCUACUAUACAAAACCCUCUCUCAGUGGGACACACAUACCAGUAUAUUACUGACUGGUACACCGGUACAGAACAACCUGCAAGAGUUAUACGCCCUUCUCAGUUUUGUCUCAGCUAAAAAGUUCCCUCCUGAUGAUCAUGAAGACUUUGUGGAAAGGUUUUCUAAAGUAAAAAAGUCAGCAUCGGAGCUGCAUAAGUUACUGAAACCCUACCUGCUGUUGAGGAGAAAGUCUGAAGUGUUGAAAGAUCUUCCCAACAAAUCUGAGGUGGUUCUUACACAUGGUAUAUCCAAACUACAGGCCAAACUGUAUAAGGGAAUUCUAGUGAAAGACACAGGUUAG